CUAAAAUCUUCACUUUCUUACCCUUCACGAAGAUGUGGAGGUCGUGAAUCGUGAUCACUUGUACCGCUUCUUGGGAACGAAGACUGUCAUUUCUAAUCACUCCAGAAGCUUCAUACGAGAAACUGUAUUCAUGGGCAAGACUGGAAUCCAAUUGUUCGACGAUACAAGGAAUGGGUUUUUCUCUGUAUCCGAUUUGGGAUCCGAUUGGAGCAGUUUACAGAACCCAAACUACCGUCCAGUUGGUGGAUUGUUCGCGAGUGUUAAUCAAUUAGGAACUGGAUUCGGGUCAGGACUUGGGUCCGGAUCUAUUUCGUCUCCGGAUCCUCCCAACAGAGAUAACAACAGUAGCUUUACUGCUCAGGUUAAUGAUCUGUGCACAAAGUAUUUACCUUUUAAAGAUGAGGAGGAGGAAGAAGAAGUGAUUGGUGAGAAGCGGAAGAAGAAGAAGAAAGGAGGGUUGAAACUGAAGCUUAAGAUUUCUAAUCCUUCGUUGCGGCGGCUAUUAAGUGGAGCUGUGGCUGGAGCAAUUUCGAGAACGGCGGUGGCUCCUUUGGAAACUAUUAGGACUCAUUUAAUGGUGGGAAGUGGUGGCGACUCCACCACUGAAGUCUUUCGUGAUAUCAUGAAGCAAGAAGGAUGGAAAGGUCUCUUUAGGGGCAAUUUGGUUAAUGUGAUUCGUGUAGCACCCGCUCGUGCCGUUGAGCUUUUUGUAUUCGAGACAGUUAACAAGAACUUGACUCCAAAGCUCGGAGAACAGUCAAAAAUUCCCAUCCCAGCUUCAUUGCUCGCGGGUGCCUGUGCUGGGGUUAGCCAGACCCUCUUGACAUACCCCCUUGAACUAGUCAAGACCCGCCUUACAAUUCAGAGAGGUGUAUACAAGGGAAUAGUGGAUGCUUUUCAAGAAAGCAUUGGGAAUAUUGAGACUCUUUUGAUAGGUUCUUUAGCUGGUGCGUUAUCAAGUACCGCAACUUUCCCCUUGGAGGUUGCUCGGAAGCAUAUGCAGGUGGGAGCAGUCGGUGGGAGGGUGGUUUACAAGAACAUGUUGCAUGCUUUGAUCCGCAUACUCGAGCAAGAAGGUGUUGCAGGUUGGUAUAGAGGGCUUGGACCGAGUUGCUUGAAAUUGGUUCCUGCAGCUGGAUCUCCUUCAUGUGUUACGAGGCAUGCAAGAAGAUACUCGUUGAGAACAACAACGAGGAAGCCUGAGCUCUAUCGUUACAACUCACAUGAGUACUUUUGGCUUUGGUCAGACUAACACGAUGGCUCUGGUGAACCAAAUUAGGUCAUGGUUGAUGAUUCUGCAAGCAUAUGAGAAUAGCGUUGUGCCAAUUGAGACU